AUCCGCUGCCGAACCACCAGACUGAGGAGCAGCUUCUUUCCCCAGACUGUGAGACUCCUCAACUCCUCCUUCUAAAGACAAAAAGAACAGGAUUUAGGUUAGACAGCCUCAUGCGAGGAAUAAUGAGAUCAUUCACAAGCUGUCAAGCCUCAGACAUGGACCGGCUGUUUUGGUGCUCUCUCCUGCUCACCUUCCUGCCAGUUAUAGAGAGUGUGAAAAACAACGACAGCUGUUUAUUCCAGCCAAACAGGGUGAUCUGGAAGAAAACAGGACACAGUGCUGUUCUUAAUUGUACUGUCAGAUCACCUUAUUCAAGCAAAGAAUGGAAAUAUGAGUGGUUUGCUUUCAAGGAAAACUCCCAUCUUCGUCUCAAUCUUAGCGAUUCGCUCAAGUACAGUCUGGAGAGUGCAUCUUUGCACAUUAAGUCACUUAACGUUAAGGACAGUGGGAUCUACCACUGUGCUGCAGUAUCGAGUGGAGACCCAGGACUCGAUGCCCAGUGUGUAGGGACGGGUACAACUCUUGUAGUGAGGGAUAAAUCAUUGGCGAUGCAGGUUCUCCUGUGGUUAUCGUUUGUCCUCUUGGCAAUCUACAGCCUGGCAUUAGUGACACUUUUACUAAAGAAGUACGGCUAUAAUAUGAGUGUCUGCAGAAGGAUGUGCAAAUCUGAAAAGAAAAACUCGAUUAAAAAAAGAGCACAAUUCCGUGAUGUGCUGCAAGAAAUGUACAGAAAAAGGAACCUGGACAGAGGCAAAAAAAAUGUGAGCAGAGACCAUUCUCAUGUUGAGGCUGCAAGCACCGAGUUCAAAAGCUCGGCCGAUGACAUCUAUCAAAAUGUUUAAGUGUCAUUCAAGGAUAUUAAAUAAUGGACUCAGACCUUCAUCAUUUGGGUUGAGAGGAAGUUCCAAAGCCAUGUAAUGCCUGAAGGAUGCUUUUAUUUGACAGAGGAAAUGAGAAAAUCAUCAAAGACUGCAAGUUGGUUGAGUGAUUUGCUCACCUUUUCUUAUAUAAUGAGACAUAACAACUACGGCAAGAACUGUUAAUAUCCUCUCCAGUUCUUUUAGUUUGAGCACCGACAGACAAACUACUCUCUCUUAAGGUGUUUGCAGUUUUAUUUAUGUUGUUUUGAUUGUAUUUAAUAUGGGAGCAUCUUCAAGCAUUUCAAAACCAGGGCAGUGUUUACAUGAAAAAAACAACAAUCCAGAAAUGUAGCUGAAUCACACGAUUUUAAUUCAUCAGUUUAAUUUCUCCCAUAUGAUUAAAACAAUAACUAGUAUGAUAGAAAAAUAAAGCAAAUUGUAUUUACGGGGAAAAAGAGAGUAAAAGGCACCACACAUGAUUUACAUUUUCAGUUCAUGAAAGUGGAAAUCAGAAGUGAGCAAGAGUGCAAAUAAGGCUUCUUAGACAACAGUCUCACUUCUCUUUAGAGGUUUCAAGGUACUAUUUUGAUUAUAAGAUAUCAAGAUUACCUAAUUGUAAACCAACGCUUUUCCAAAAAAAUAAGGAAAUUACAAACUUGUAUCAACAUUCUGAAAACAGUUAUGUAGAAUAUUUAAUCAAAAACAUAUAGUACUGAAACAGAAUUUCACAUUCACGUCAUUUGAUUUUAAGUUUAUCCUUAUAAAAAGUAAUGCCAAAAGAGGCACAUUAAAAAUAAGUAAUAAAUCAUACAGAAUAUUGUAGAUAUUGUCACGUCAAGAAAGGAAAGAUCUAAUCAUUUUUCAGCUUACAAUAAAACUCACAGUUAGGCAAUAAUUACAAGCCUAAAAUGUUUGAGACAUCUUGUUGUGUCAUGUUCUGUACAUUGACUUCCUUAUAUGUUUGUACAGUGUAAAUACCCUCAGAAAGAAUACCACCACAACAUUAGAAUGUACUUAUACAUUGCCUAUGAAGUCAAAGUAGGUGUUUGCAUUGACUGUGCAUUUUUACACAUUAAAAGCUGUUAUAUGAACCUCUGGGUUUAUACAGUACCAUUUGCUUGACCAUCCUUAGUUCAGUCUGAGUCUGUGUGAAUUAUUACUUUUCUGGUAAUAAAGGUAAUCAUUACUCCUUUCUGUAACUUUAAAGGGAUAGUUCAGUUUUUUUUAAAAUAGGGUUGUAUGAGGUACUUUUUCAUAGUUUUUGUGUUACAUAUAGUAGAUGUAAGACAACCUGCCCCCAGUUCGGGGAAGCAGGAAGCUAAGCAAUUUACAGCUGUGGAUUGUGGUCAGCAACAACACGUAUUUUAUUUAUUUCAGGAAGGCCAGCUUCAGUUUCCUAUCUAUACUCCAUGCAGAACCACCACACUCCACUGAGAAAAAGCACACUGAACACGGGAGCGUCUGGUCUACCAUGACCACGAUCAGUUAGUUUGUGUUAUUGUGUGACUUAAGUAAAUCCAAACUAGCCCUUUUAAACACCCAAGUCACAAAAUAACACAAACUAAUGGAUGAAGCAGUAGACCAGGAUCUCCUAUGUUCAGCAAUGUUAAAUCACUGUUUUUCUCUGUCUGGUUUUGCAGAAAGCAAUGUAACUGCUUUAUUUUCCUAUUGGAAAUCACUGUCUGACAACAAGGCAAAGCAGUGAAAUAUCCUAAAUAUAGCAAACACUUAAACAGAUACUGAUUUUUUUUUUAAGGUGGCUAAAAUAGGUUUUAUUGCUGAUCCAUCCAAUCUGAUCUGAUCUGAUCCAGCAGUACAUUGCUUAGUUUCUGUGUCGGACUCCAGCCUGCUUCUCAAAACUGUUGGCAUGCCGCCUGAUAUCUACUGUACCUCAUACAACCCCACUUCCAAAAAUCUGAAAUAUCACUUAAAGCUUGUAAGCUUGGCUCAAAAUGUUUAGGGACCUAUUUUACACUUGUCUCAAGGUGCUGCAUAAGCAUAGCCUAACUGUCAUUGCUAAUUUUAGACUAAUGCACUUAUCAUUUUCACAGCCACCCCUGAUGUUGUGUAAAUAGCAAAUUGUCUUGCACACAUCUGUGCACCCAUGGGUGUGUGAGUCUUAAAAUGAGGUGUGGUCAGGUGCAGUGUUGGUGUACUGCUAUUUUUUGGCAACAAAACACAACUGCACCACUGACUAAGAAAAACCUGGUCUAAUGUCUAUAGCGCAGUAUAGUCCUGCUAUUUACAGGGCACGUUAUUCAAAUAGUAAUAUGUGGCCACAUAGGCGGGGUCACAACAUGCGUAUAGUUUGCUUGUUACACACACAGGGAUGCACUGAUGGGUUGCGGGUGGGUAAAAUAAGAUUUCAUUAAUGAGGAAAAUAAUUACAUCCUUCAAAAUGUGAACACAGCAGAGAGCAGAGCAGAGCAGAGCAACUGUCUGCCUCCCCUUUAAUAGAGAAGCGGUGCACAUUCAUGCACAAGGGCCAGCGUAAACUUCAUUGGAUAUUUCAGAACUUAAAGUUUUGUUCUGUUUCCUCUGUCAAGUUUAUUACUUCAGUUUUUAGUUUUGCUCCUUAAAUGUCCAAUACAUUACUAGUCUUAUUGCAUUACUUUGAGCAGAAAACUGCUUGCUUCUCCAGUUUACCGAAUCUAGGUUACUGGCAUUUAAAGGGAAUGGGAGAUGACAAUAUAAAUUCAUAUUGCACCUGAAACACACCUAUGAUGGAUUAAAUGACUAAAUACAACCACAAAAGUGGAGUUGGACACACCGUAAAUGCACUUGUGUCAUGCACCAAAUGCUAUAGAUAAUUUAAACAGGGCCUUUAACCUUCAAUGUUACUCAAGUACAAGUUUAAAUUUACAAUAAAACACAAAUAUAAGGCCAUACAAAAUGUGAAUUAUUGCACU